AUGGCCGAUGGGGAGGCUGACCCGGCAUGGCUUCGCCCUUUGAAGCUCCAUGUGGCGGUCGAUGCUUUCUCUCCCGGCGCGGCACAGCGCGCCAUGGAUUCAUGCAGGGAGCCGCUGGGUCUCGACACCCUCGUGCGCGUUCUGCCAGCCGUGCUGAAGCAGCCACAGCUGAAGGCCCAGCACCGCGCCUCCCUGGCGAUGCGGCUGAGGCGGCUCCUGCAUGAAUGCAUUUCUAUCGGUGAUGCUUCGGCACUUCAAGCGUGGGAUGCUGCCCUGGCGGCAUCUGCGGCCACAGCUACAGUGCAGCCCAGCGCGGGCAUUGCAGAAGGCCACAGCGCUUGGUGCCCCGUCUUCGGCUUCCUGGCUUUCCUGGAGGUGCUGGAGUCGGGACUGCCUGCCGUAAGCCGCAGCUUUGCGCGGCUAUCUUUCAGCGCCGCCACGUGGGGUUUCCGGUGCUUUCUGUGCAUGGUGCAGCUUCUGAGCUUGGUCGUCGUCUUCGGCGUGGCCGUUGCAAGCAACAUCAAGGUGGCCUCGAACGACUAUGCCUUUACUCUGGUGAACCUCCUGACGGGCAAGGGAGCCUGUUGGGGUGACAACGGCUUCGGUGGUAACUGCACAUUGGUGGACUUCUCCAACGUGCAGCAGGUGGAAGCCAAUGCCUUCGCUUUCCUUGCGCUAAGCAGUGUCGGCGGCGAGUGCUGGGGAAAAGAUGACAACGGAGGCGACUGCUCCGGCUUGGACCUCGCGGGAAUGACCGAAGUCGCGACCACAGACUACAGCUUUGCUGCGCUGGAUCCGGUGAACCGCCGAGGACUUUGCUUCGGCUCGGCGGCUUAUGGUGGGGAGUGCGGUGGAGUGGACUUCUCACAGGUCAGCAAGAUUUAUGGGAAUCUUCUGGCCUUUGUGGCGAUCGGCGGCAACUCUGGACAGUGCUGGGGUCACAGCUCCUUUGGCGGAGACUGCAGCACAGUUGACUUCACUGGCGUCACCGAGGUGGUAGCUGGCGACUAUGCCUUUGUGGCCUUGAACAAAGCUGCGGGCACCAUCCGAUGCUGGGGCUUUGGCCUGUAUGGAGGCGACUGCAGUGGCGUCGCUCUGACGGGCAUCACGGACGUGUACACCAACGGCCAGGCCUUCCUGGCAUUGAACCGCAACAGUGGUCAGGGCGAGUGCUGGGGUAACGGUCAAGCCGGCGGCGACUGCAGCAGCAUCGACUUCACUGGCGAGGUGCAAAUCUUCUCCACCAACUCCGCUUUCCUCGCCCUCAAGAGUGGCAGCGGUCAAUGCUGGGGCAACCCAGACAAUGGAGGCGACUGCAGCAAUGUCUUCUUUACCAGCAACUCCCAGAUCUACCGCACCAGUGCAGCCUUCGUGGCCUUGGAUGCUGUGAACGGCCUUGCGAGCUGCUGGGGCCACGCGUCUUUCGGAGGCGAUUGUUCGGGCAUCUCCUUCGAAGGCUUCACCAACGUCUAUGCCACCGGCUAUGCUUUCAUGGCCAUGAACCCGGUAUCCGGAGUCGCAAGGUGUUGGGGCUCUCCGGGCUUUGGUGGGGAGUGCAGUGGCGACUUCACGGGCUUCGAGGUGUACUCCAACGAGUUCGCUUUCGUUGCGGUGAGUGCAGAGGAAGUGCGUACAUGGGGCAGCAGUGCCCAGGGAGGCGAUGCCAGCAAUGUGAAUUUUCCACCCCUGCUGGAGAUGCCAACCACCGUGACAGAGACCACCAUCACCGCAACCAGCACGGCAACGACAGCCACCGCCACCAGCACAGCGACUGACACCACACUGUCGACAACGACGGUGACGACUGUGACCGACACGACGCUGUCAACCACGACGGUGUCCACGGCCACUGCCACCACCACCGUGACUGACACCACGCUGUCCACAACGGCAACUGCCACCACAACCGUGACUGACACGACGCUGUCAACCACGACGGUGAGUACGGCCACAGCCACCACCACCGUGACCGACACGACGCUGUCAACCACGACGUUUACUACGGCCACUGCCACCAUCACGGUGACCGAAACGACGUUGUCCACCACGGCCACGGCCACCACCACCGUGACCGACACGACGCUGUCCACCACCGCCACCACGACGGUGACUUCGGCGACUGCCACCAUCACAGUGACCGACACGACACUGUCAACCACGACGGUGACUACGGCCACCGCCACCGUCACAGUGACCGACACGACGCUGUCAACCACGACGGUGACUACGGCCACCGCCACCGUCACAGUGACCGACACGACGCUGUCAACCACGACGGUGACCACGGUGACCGACACGACGCUGUCGACCACCACCGUGAGCACGGCUACUGCAACCAGCAUCACUACGCUGUCCACCACGACGGUGGUAAUGGAUCCUGCGACAACACUUGCCGCCACCACUACGGUUGCGGCAUCGUCAAGUGGGCAAUGCCGCUCCUGGUGCUCCUUCUUUGCCAGCGCAUGGAAUCGUGUUUGCGACUGGAAGUCAUGCGCUGGCUGUGAGAGGUGCCUUGCGGAGCCCGAGCCGGAACCAGAGUUGCCUUCUUGCAGCAACAGCUGCGAGAAGUACAAGGGCCGGGCCCGUGGUGACGGAUACAAGAGCUACGAGUUCCUCUGCAUCCGUGAGCGGCGAAAGGGAAACUGGUGCUACCCGCCGCUGCCGUGGUCGAAGAAAUGCUGGCGGGGCUACUCUAAGUGCCGGGUGGAGGAGACCCAGGAGAACUCGGGCACGUCGCGGCGCCUGCGCGGCUCUCAUUGA